AUGGCGCUGGCUUCUGCUCUGACGGAGAAGAGCCUGGCCAAGUUUCGCACGAAACCCUGCGAGAGGCUCCUCACGAAGAACGAGUGUAGCUUUGGAGACCGCUGUCAGUACGCGCACUCUGUGCCACGGCGCAACCCGAAAAACGUCUCCUACUCGCCGGAAAUGUGUUCUUCACCUGCGACAUGCCACCUCGGAGACGCAUGUCCGAAGGCGCACACCGUGGAGGAGUGCCUGUAUCAUCCCACCAUGUACCGCACGCAACUAUGUCCGGAGAAGAAGCAGUGCACCGUGUUCUACUGCCCCCACGCUCAUGCCGAAGAAGAGCUUCGUGGCGAGUUCGCUCCUCCAGCUCUGGCCCUCCCGGCUCCGUUACAAACUUCGACGAGAUCGUCUGGGCCCUUGCAGCCGGGCAUGGUGAGAUGCGAGGACCCGCCGAGGUGGUGGCCGGCUGGGGACCAGAAAGAUCUGCACGUCCGAAAUUCCGGUGAGGUGCCACCGUUGCAGUCCUACGGAUUCGAGCUUUGCGGUGGCCUGGUGCGGCCGGCAAAGUAUGUGCCUGACGCAGGGCUGGAGGCGCAGCCCUGCUUUGCUAAACUGCUUUCGACAUCCAGGAGCGAAAGCCAGCUGGCAAAUCGUGUGGUCAAAGAUCUGAAGCGCUGGCUGUCCAAAACGCCACUUCCAGCACCAUUCUUCCUUCGCCGAACUGUCGCCACCACAGCCUUGGCGGUGCCGUCGCAUUUCCGAGUUUUGGGCAAGACCUUGGAGUCCCUGCCAAAUGGAGUGCUGCAGGAGGCACGCAAGUGCUGGGCUGUGACGCAGCUGGUCGCAAAAUGGAUCCGACAGCUGGUCACCGGCUUGGAGGCGCUCCAUGAUCUUGACAUUGCGCACAGCUGCAUCGGUCCAAGCACGAUUUUGGUUGGGCCCGGUGUUGGUGGAUUGGACAUACGGGUGGGCGACUUUCUGGGGAAGGUGACGACUCUGCGGUUCUUGGAGAAUGGUUGCAGCUCUCUUGAUGAGUCCUGGGCCAUGUGGUACCCUGCAGAGGUCCACUUGCACGUCUCGACAGCGGUGCCGGCAGGAGCAACGCACUUCAGCUCAAAAACGGCCGCCCCAGAUCUCAUGCGGGUGGACUCCUGGCAGCUGGGUGUGCUGAUCUUCUUCUUGCUGACCGGAGCCCAUCCCUUCGGGAAUGUCGAUUGCCCUGGACAUGUUUGUUCGAACAUCCGAGCGGGCAACGUCGUAAAUCGGAAGAAACUUCAGGAACUUCCCUUGUUCUUGGAGCUCGUGGACCGCCUCAUCGCUUCCGAACCUCACAGGCGUCUCAAGGUCUCGCAGGUUUCGUGUCACCCCGUCUUCUGGGACCUCCAAGAGGGCUUCGAAUUCGCCAAGCCAGUGCUGACGGAUCCCCGACGAGCUCGUGAACAAGAAUGGCUUUACCACCUGCCCUGCUUCGCGGUUUUUGCGCCACCCACCCGUGAUGCGCCCCGCAUGGAACUGCUGUCAAAGCUUUGCCAGAAAGUCCUCGACAUCGGCAACAAGCGUCGAAACCCUCACAAAGGACUUGGCACUAUUUGCGUGCAAUUGCUGUCCGAGAUCGACCGUCACCGGCCGGUGCAAGCUCCUCAACAUGCACCAAACAAAUGUGCAUCUUCACCGCCAAGUAGCAUUCCACCACCACGGCCAGACGAAGCGACGUAUUUCCAAGCAGGAAUGCGCAGAGGGGUGGAGCUCAUGGCCGGCUUCGCCCACCGCGCCUUUGUCGACUCGCUGAUGCAGCCUCCACCGGGAUUAGGUCCCAGCAUCACUCAGGAGCUCCUGCUGCAGAGGUGCAGCUUGGCAGCCGCAGAGAUGGUGCUGUACCAGCAGCAACAUUGUCAGGCUCAGUACAGACAAGGACUGCACGAGAUGGAACGCGAAGCACAGGACUGGCGCUACGGACACAUUCCCCAGCAAGAUUUCUCCCUCUACCAUCCAGACCCGGACAGACACAGCAUGCUUAUGCACGAGUACGACACCUGCGCGUGGCAACGGUAUCCCUCCACGCUUCAGCAAAGGGGUGGCGCUGGCUCUCCCAGUCGCGCUGAAGGCGCGUCUCUGCUGGAAGCACCUCGCACGCCCGAGAUGGUCCGCACAAGUCGCCCCGAGCCGGACUCCGCAGAGAAGUUGGCGCGGCCUCCGGGCAAGGCAGAUAUGGCGCGUGCGGAUGCAGCCCAGAAUCAGAAGAUCUCCACACCCGGGUGCCGCUCCGCUGCUGUCAGUGGCAGCCCAGAGGACAAUCAGGGAGGUGAGUCAGGGCGUGAGGCCGCUUCGCUGCUUCCGCAGUGGACCAUCUGCUGCCUUCUGCGCCUCGGCCAGAUGUUGGCCCAGAGCGAGGCACAGAACGCUUUAGCCCAGUGCCUGUCAGACUUCGAGGUGGUGCCAGAGCUGGUCCCCAAAGCUGCGGCCUUCUCGGUCUUCCGUGAGGUGGCGAAGACCGCCAUCGUGCCGCGGGAAGUCCAGAUGAAGGUUGCUCCCGAUGAAGUGGGCGAGUCUGGGCGUUUCUUCACGUACAGCCACUUCGCUUGCAGCCUCGCAGUCACCGCACAGCGAGCUUUCGCAAGUGCAGGUGCAUCGUCGUUAGUGCGGCUGAUGCAGUGGAUGGAUGCGUCCAAGGGCCGCGUUCUGUUCAGCCAGAACUUCCCCGGAACUGCUCCCAAAGGCUGUGCCAUCAGCCUCAAGGUCCUGCCCGAGAUGGAUAAACUUCCAGAGGAUGUGCAGCGAGAUCUUGCCGCCGUGACGCUGAAACAGGCGACCGGCCAGGAGCCCGCGCAGUCAAGGCAGGAAGCACCUGCACCUGGUGAGGAGGUGGGGAGGCCACGGCGUUCGCGCUCCGUGACCAGCCUCACCCGUGAGCCGCGGGCGGCUGCGGCACCACUCCCGGAGUGGGCAAGACUGGAAAUCCAGAAAACCUUCGGGCACUAUGCAUCCCUUGGCGACCCACUAAAUCGAAGCACCCUGACAUCGCAGAAGUUCGGUCGCUUCCUGCGAGACUGUGGCCUGCUAGCCAUCGAGGCCGACGGCCCAGUUUCCUUCGACUUCGCGCCGGAAGGUCGCCGUGCCAGUGUGCGACGACCAUCGAAAUCAGGCCAGGAGUCAGCCACGGGCCUCGCCCGCUCGAACUCCGCCGGGGCGCUCCGCCGGAGUUCCUUCGGGGGCCGCACAGGCCCACGAGGAAGCAUCGGGCUCGGUGAUGGUGCUGCGUCUUCCUCUCGACGGGCCUCCUUUGCCGUCUCCUCUGCACAGGCAGCACAGGCCAACGUGCAACUUCCUUUGAGGGUCUUCCCGGUUCCGCCACUGACCCAAGUAGAGGUUGACCUGAUCUUCGUGCAGGCUACCAGACCGGUGGACACCCCUGAACGCCGGAAGUCCGUCGUGCAGGUUGCAGAUACAAGUGACAAAUAUGGAGGAGUGAAUCAAGUUGUCGUCUUGGCCUGCUUCUGCCGAUGGCUGAGCAUUUGCGAAUUCGAGGCUGUUAAAAUCAAGAGAUAUCAAGCGGAUCAUGCCAGCCAGAUAUUCUCAAGAGACUCCGAGCAACCUGAAAAUCACAGGCAUCCAUGCACAGCCGUGCUAGACGCAGUUCAAGCUCGCCACAAGGGUAUCCCUGUGUCGUCCUGGGCCAUGGGGCAAAGUCAUGCAGCUAUCGUGCUUGCGGACUCCAGUCGACUGCAGCGCCGGCAGCUGCGUCAAAGCACAGGUACGACCAGCGAGCAGAGUGCCAGGCAUGAGUCAGAUCAGUUCAUCAGUCAGAUGGUAUCACGACUUCAGGUCGCAGAUGCUAACUGGAAGCUGCAACAAUGGCGCGGGGACAUCAGCAGAGACUACUUUGAGGAGGAGAUCGUGCCACAAUCCCCCCGGACCAUCCUUCCCCUGGCAAGGAUCGCGGCAAGGGGCCACGGCUUCCUGUCCGGUGCAGAGUUGGCGGGCGUUGAUGCUGCGCAUGUCGAUGCAGGGAAGGCCGGUGAAGCAAAGACUGUGGCGGUGGAUGUUGCGCCCAUACCAGGAUAUGAUCCCUCGUCGAUUGCCGGCUGGCGUCUGCAUCCGCCGUCUUCGGACCAGGCCGAGGCAGAGGCCGCCUCGGACAGCGCCUUCCAGACUGCAGCCGUGGUCGAGCCCGACCCCAUCUUUGAUUCUGUCUUUCCAGAGAAACCCCUGCCUGGACGCCCACAGCACCAAAUGGUGCCAAAGGAUGUGGCUGCUGCGGGGCAGGUGCACGUGGGCGUGCAGACACGGCCAGAGGAGGUCGAGCUCCACGAAAGCAGCAACCAGCGCUUUGCGCGUGAAGCAGUUGCCAGGAUUGGGCUGGUGCCGCUGACCAUUUGUGAUGCUGCCGCGUGCCCAGAAUUCAGACUGCAACGAUGCCAAGUG